ACUGGCAAACCAAAUUCACGGGGGCGGCUUUUUGGUUCUUUCUACUUCAAACCCUCUCACAUCAUUCACUAUAAUAACUCCCACUCUCUUCCAUUUCCUUCCUCCAUCACCCUCUCUCUCUCUCUCUCUCUCUCUCUCAGAAACUCUUCUCAUCAUCAGCUGGAAGAUCGAUAUAUAUAUGAUGAUGAAAUCCCAAGAAGAAGUUGUGGGGUAUAAGGAUCUUACGCAAAUAAUCAAAGGCAAACGCACCAAGCGGCAAAGGCUGCCGUCGCCGCUCCGGCUAGCCAUGGCUUCCACCUCAUCCAGCGACGGUCCAACCACCUCCGCCGAAUUCACGGAGAGCACGGAAGAAGAGGAGGACAUGGCUAACUGUUUGAUUCUCUUGGCUCAAGGCCGCCACGCCAGCAAACUCUCCGACCCGGCCACAACAACAACCAGCAAUAAGACCGCGGCAGUUGCGGUCGCGGUCGGAGCCGCGGGGUUAUACGCUUACCAGUGCAAGACGUGUAAUCGUUGCUUCCCUUCUUUCCAAGCCCUCGGCGGGCACAGAGCCAGUCACAAGAAACCCAAGGCUAAUAAUAUAACAGAAGAUCAGUCGAAGAUGAUCAAAACGUUGACGUUUGUGGAUGAUCAUGAUCAUCAAGUACACGAUGUUGAUCAUCAUCACUUCAACAACACCACCAGCACAACCCUUUCUUUGCAAAUCGCAAACACGAACAAAUCCAAAGUUCAUGAGUGUUCCAUUUGUGGUGCUGAAUUCUCGUCCGGACAAGCCUUGGGGGGGCAUAUGAGGCGGCACAGAACGUUUAUAAGCACUACUGCUUCUUCAUCAUCUCAAGAAGCCAAGAAAGAAAGAAAUAUUCUGCAAUUGGAUCUCAAUCUUCCAGCCCCAGAAGAUGAUCAUCAUCACCACAGAGAAUCCAAAUUUUCUUUCGCCUCUAAAGAACAAGUCCUCGUCUUCUCUGCCUCCCCUUUGGUGGAUUGCCAUUACUAGUCCUUUUUUUUAUUUUUUAUUUUAUUUUAUGGAUUCUUCAUAUCAAACCCACAACUAAAGUGAAGUAUUGACAUUAAUUUUAGCACUUA